CUAGUGUCGCGGGCAUCCAAUCUAUUGCAGAAUAAGUCCUUUACGGACGUCACCUUUAUUGUCGGUCCGCCACAACAUUCAAAGAAAUAUGUCGGCCAUCGGGUCCUACUGGCCAUGACGUCGCCAGUUUUUGAGGCCAUGUUUUACGGAGAUAUGGCCGACAAAAGCAAAGUGAUUCGCAUACCCGACAUCGCACCCAUUGGUUUUGAAAAUCUAUUACGUUAUGCUUAUACGGACUCGUUGAACCUAAACUCGGUGGACGACGCAAUGUUGACGGCAUAUGCGGCCAAAAAAUAUCUGUUACCUCAUCUGCUACGUGAAUGUCUGACAUAUAUCGAGAAAAACAUAACACCUUCCAGUGCUUGUGCUGUCUAUGAAUUUGCAACUGUUUUAAACUCACAGCAACUUAUCUAUCAGUCGAUGAACACCAUUGAUAGGCAAACCUAUCACGUUAUUACCCAUAAGUCAUUCAAUAACAUUCAAUUAUCUACACUGGAGUUUAUAGUCGGUCGUCGUUAUCUGAAUCUGUAUUCAGAGUUUUCAUUAUUCAAUUCAGUGGUUCAAUGGACACAAAACGAGUCUAAACGGCGGUCGGCUAAUGCCAAUGAUUGGACAGUUAUUAGAGGACUAUUGGAUGAUAGUACUGUAAUGAAAAACCUAAGAUUCCUGACGAUGUCUAACGAGGAGUUUGCAAGAGUUAUAUCCCAGACAACUGUCAAUCCUAUACCGACAAAAAACAACGAAAACAACGAACAACACGACAUGCCGUCAUCGUAUCUGCCAAUGGAUAACGCAUUUAUGGGUAAAUCGGAACAGAUAGCCAUAUUCAUGAAUCUGGCCAUUCCGGGUAUAGUCCCGGUGCCCAAAGGACUGUCGCAGGAGACUACUCCCCGAUGCGCUCCCCCUGAAUAUUUCACUGUCAGACGCUAUAAGCCGGUCACUUACGCAACAACGACAACCCUGGCCCACGCCUCCCAGGGUGCCGGCGGUAGUAAACCAAUUAAAACUGUUUGCACCAAAUUUCAAGUGGUCAACUCCGAUUUGUUUAUAGUCGGCGCAUCCAUUCCUAUCCGAUUAGAUCCAGGGUAUUAUUCUGUACGUACACCUAAACUUGAUUGUCAACUAAAAUUUACAUCCAAAAUGGGUUUACCUAAUGAAACAAUGUUGGAUCAAAAGUCACAGGACGACGCCAUACUAUUGGAUACUGUGGACGACUCGAUAACUUUGGUCAUCUCUAAGGACAAGGACUGUCACGUAAAGCUCAAGAGGCCGUUGACUGUCAAAAAGGGUAACUUUAAUGAACUACUUCUCACAUUUCAAUCGCCAACAGUUAGCGAUGAUAUCGUUGUCAUCAAAGGUCACCGAAACAAAUCAACACAGACUGAGAUAGUAGACGGAGAAGCCAUCAGUUGGCUGUUCUUUAAGUCGACUGGACUCGAGUUCAAUGAAUUGUAUUAUUUUUAUUGA